AUGGCGCAGCAAAGAAACCAGUGUCUGCAGCAGGAGGUGGAGGCCAUCAGUCGCUCUGCUGAUAAAGCAGUGGGGCACAGUGAGGACGUCUUCACUGAGCUGAUCCGUCUCCUGGAGAAAAGACGUUCUGAUGUGAAGCAGCAGAUCAGAUCCCAGCAGGAAACUGAAGUGAGUCGAGUCAAAGAGCUUCAGCAGAAGCUGGAGCAGGAGAUCACUGAGCUGAAGAGGAAAGACGCUGGUCUGGAGCAGCUCUCACACACAGAGGAUCCCACCCAGUUUCUACUCAACUACCCCUCAGUGUCAGCACUCAGUCAGUCUACAGGUUCUACCAGUGCCAACGUCAGUCACCAGAUGUACUUUGAGGAUGUGACAGCAGCUGUGUCAGAGGUCAGAAAUAAUAUGGUGGCCGUUCUUAGUGAGACAUGGACACAGACAGAGCACAAGACCAGAGCGGACUUUCUACAAUAUUUAUGCCAAGUCACACUGGAUCCAAACACAGCAAACAAUUAUCUGGUUUUAUCAAAGGGGAACAGAAGCAUAACAUGUAAUGAUAAAUAUAAACCAUACCCUGAACAUCCAGACAGGUUCAGUGAUGUAACUCAGGUCCUGAGUAAAGAUGGCCUGACUGGACGUUGUUACUGGGAGGUGGAGAUGAGCGGGUAUGUUACAACAGCAGUCGCUUACAAGAGCAUCAGCCGAUCAGGGGACUUCAAUACAGAUGUUUUUGGAUACAAUGACAAGUCUUGGGUAUUACACUGCAGCAACUGUUGUACAUUUAUACAUAACAAGAUCAGCGCUCCCAUCUCAGGCCUUCCAUCCUGCAGACUUGGGGUGUACCUGGAUCACAGUGCAGGUGUUCUGUGUUUCUACAGCGUCUCUCCUCCACGCACCAUGACUCUCCUCCACAGAGUCCAGACCACAUUCACUGAGCCACUCUACGCUGGACUGGGUAUUUGUGGCCUUAACGGGGACACUGCUGAGUUGUGUGAGCUCAAGCACAUAGAUUUACAAAAACAGGCAAUGGAAAAAAUCAAUAAUGAAUCACUUCAGUAACUGUUAAACCUGUUAAAGAUUUGGUGCAGCCUGUAAGAAAC